UUGUUAUUAUUAUUCAGGGCUUUUCUGUCUUGCUUUAUACACGCGGCUCUUCACUGAUUUCAUUAAUUUUUUGACGCUUUUUUUCCAUUUAAUUAAACGUAAUUAUUAGUGUAAUCAAAUAAUUAUAAAUAUGUCGACUAUUGCAAGUCCUUUAGUGGUUGGAGGUGUUCGACAAUCUGGAGCUCCGGUUAGAACUCAAAAUGUUAUGGCCUGUUCGGCAAUUUCCAACAUUGUGAAGAGUUCCUUGGGACCCGUAGGACUCGACAAAAUGAUGGUUGACGAUAUUGGUGAUGUUACUGUGACAAAUGAUGGAGCAACAAUUUUACGUCUUUUGGAUGUCGAACAUCCGGCAGCUCGUGUUUUAGUUGAACUUGCUCAGCUUCAAGACGAAGAAGUUGGAGAUGGCACAACAUCCGUUGUUAUUAUUGCGGCUGAAUUAUUGAAAAACGCUGACGAGCUCGUGAAACAAAAAAUUCAUCCCACGUCUGUUAUCAGUGGUUACAGAUUAGCUUGCAAAGAAGCUUGUAAGUAUAUUAUGGAACAUUUGACAAUUAGUUCUGACGAGCUUGGUAGAGAAUGUCUCGUAAAUGUUGCAAAAACUUCCAUGUCCAGCAAAAUCAUCGGAGCAGAUGCAAGCUUUUUUGGCAAUAUGGUUGUAGAUGCGGCGAAUGCUGUGAAAAUUAAUGACGGCAAAGGUGGACAUAUUUAUCCAAUAAAAGCAGUUAAUGUAUUAAAGGCACAUGGUAAAAGUGUUCGGGAAUCAUUAUUUGUUAAUGGUUAUGCGUUAAAUUGUACUGUUGCAUCGCAGGCAAUGCCGAAAAAAAUUGUUAAUGCAAAAAUUGCAUGCUUGGACUUUGGUUUGCAAAAAUCUAAAAUGAAAUUGGGAGUGGAAGUUCUUAUAACUGAUCCCGAAAAAUUGGAAGCAGUUCGUCAACGUGAAAUGGAUAUGACAAAGGAACGUGUGCAAAAAAUUAUUAACGCAGGAGCAAAUGUCGUUCUUUUGAGCGGUGGAAUUGAUGAUCUUUGUCUCAAGUAUUUCGUGGAAGCGGGUGCAAUUGCAGUGAGACGUUGCAAAAAAGCCGAUUUAAAACGAAUUGCAAAAGCAACUGGAGCUCUAUUUUUAACAUCGUUGACAAAUAUGGAGGGUGAAGAAAGUUUUGAACCAAGUUUCCUCGGUGAAGCCGCUGAAGUUGUUCAGGAAUUGGUUUGCGAUGACGAACUCAUUCUCGUUAAGGGACCAAAAGCAAGAACAGCGGCUUCAAUUAUUUUGCGUGGACCAAAUGAUUUCUAUUGUGACGAAAUGGAAAGAUCCGUUCACGAUGCAUUGUGCGUUGUUAAACGUGUUAUGGAAAGUAAGAAUGUUGUUGCCGGUGGUGGUUGCGUCGAAGCAGCACUUUCAAUUUAUUUAGAAAACUUUGCAACUUCUUUGAGUUCAAGGGAGCAACUUGCAAUUGCUGAAUUUGCACGUUCAUUGCUUGUCAUUCCAAAAACAUUGUCAGUAAACGCAGCUCAGGACGCAACUGAUCUUGUCGCUAAAUUGCGAGCUUAUCACAAUUCCAGUCAAACAAAAGUCGAUCACGCUCAUCUUAAAUGGAUUGGACUCGAUUUGGUGGAAGGCACUGUGAGAGAUAAUAAAAAAGCCGGUGUAUUUGAGCCGGCAAUAUCAAAAAUAAAAUCCCUCAAAUUUGCAACUGAAGCGGCAAUUACAAUUCUAAGAAUUGACGAUAUGAUCAAACUUGAUCCCGAUCGUUCAAAAGAUAAAUCCUAUCACGAUGCAAUGGCCGCUGGAGAAUUAGAUGAUUGAGUCUAAAUUUUUUUUUUUAUCCGUUCAUUUAUAUUCCGAAAAAAAGCAACUAUUUUUUAAGAAUCAAGUGAUUUUGUUUUUAUUACGAGAAAGCAAUUUGACACUUUCAUAACAUAAUUUAUACUCAUCGAAAAAAAACAACAAUUUUUGCACUCAUUUCUUUUUUGCCUGCUUUGAGAAUAAAAAUGUAAUAAUCGAUUUUUUUUUCUAAUCGGCAAAUAAAGCUUUCUAUUCUAAAAACAAAAAA